GGAAGUAGACACGUUUUAGCCACUUUAUUGUGGCAUUGUUUAUCACGCAAUGGGUCGUCUUUAGUUUCGGAGGUUCAUGUUAACUCAGAGGUCAUUUGUUACUGGCAUAGGUUUUAAUUGUUUAGAUGAUAUAAAACUAGAAUUUAGGACAAUAGUUUGUGACCGGAUAUUGCCUCAACAGAUCGUCAAUUGAUGUGCGUCACACAAAGCAGAGACCGCGUCCUGUCCGUGUGAAGGAGCCAUAUUGGGUUAGCCGCUUAUGCCCUGUUUUAAUGCUUCCUUUCUACAAGUGAACUCGUUUUUGACACAAACUGAGGGAUUUCAGGGUAUAUCAAGAUGUCGGCGGAUGAUUUUCAGUCGAAGUAUGCCUCCGUUAUGGAAAGCAUGUUGAAGAGCGCCAUCGCAGAGACCACGAAACUUUUUGAAAACAUGGUAGAUGAGCUGAAAGCAGAAAUCUCACAGAUCAAGAAGGAGAACGAGGACCUGAAGACGAGAUGUUUCCAAUAUGAAACUGCCAAAAGCAAACCGGAUGCUCUCCCAGGAGAAAGUCUCUCUAUUACAGAACCAGGCGACGCCUCUGAGAAAUGCGAUACUGCUGUACAGUGUGAUCUCGUUCCUUGCCGGACAAUUCUGGUGGAGGAGUGUGAACCAUUAGUGCACACUCAACUGGAAAGGCAAGCCCAACAAUACAGCUAUGAGUGGAACAACUACAGUUUACAGGAGCACAACUAUGUCAGUUAUAGAGACAGAACUUCUCAGAUGGAAUUUGUAGUUGUCAAAAAAGAGGAAUCUCAUUGUGAUUCUUCUCUGCAGUCCCAAUUGAAGCAAGAAAAUGAUGACCCCGAUGUGGCUUGUGGACAAGUCUUGGGUAAUAAAAUAAGUUCAUUUGGGGCUUCUGUUGGUGGAGCUGAUAUUGGAGGACCAAAUAUAAACAAUUCUUCAGCUGAACACGUAACAGUACCUCGGAAAAGUAAAAACCAAGUAGUUCUACAAUUACCUUGUUCAGAAACAAACAAUUCACAGAUUGCCCAGAACCAGUCCACUGACAUACAGCAUUCCUUGGUUAUUUCACUUAAAGAUGCUCUGAGGGAUGAUAUUAAGGAAGAGGCUGAAAUAGUAGAAGUGGCAGAACGGGAGCUCUCAACAUCUGGAGACAAACAAAUGGUUCCUCAAGCAUGUCGCAUGGACAGUGCAACAACUCAUAAUGAGCAAAGUCCAUUGCAGUCUGCAUCAGUCAGCACACAAAUGGCAAGUGUGGAAUUAAACAGUAAAGUCUCGGGAGGUGAAGCUAAUUCCAAGCCUAAUUCUUCAUCGGGUCGCAGAAGAGGACGACCACCAAAGAAAACAAAGCAAAAAGAAGCUAUUCCUUCAUUAACUGAUAAAGGUCCAAAUCACCAGGUGGACUUAACUUCUUACCCGCUGAUGGGGUCUUUAACACAUCCAUCACCUCCUUUGGUGACGGUAACGUCAUCCGUCAGCAAUUUAUCGGUCAAAGAGAGUUCAAAUAUUUCUUUUGAGGGCACCAACACAGAAGUUGAAUCUUUGAGUAGCAGCUUUUCUGGAGAGCAACCCAUCGUUAAAUUGCAAGAGCGUUGCCCAGAAGUGGGAAAUGAUUCAACAGCAGAUAAAACGCCGAACAUCUCAAUAGACGUGACCCCACGAGCAUCCUCAAGUUUGCUCAAAGGUUGCCAGACUUCUGUUAGCCUUCAAGAUGCCUUGCUGCUCGUCGAAGCCAUGAAUCAGUCGACUAUGGAAAAUGGUGUAUCCCCACUAAAGGUCCCAUCACAGCCUCAGAUAGAGUCCAGUUCUGCUUCCUCUGUGGGUUGCUUUAAAACAGUAGCUGAGACUCCAACAGCACAACAGAGCACUGAAACACGGCUCACGUCAGCUCAAAAUUCACCUGUCUCUGCCAACUUAACAGCCGAAGAUGCAUCUAAAGAGGUAGACCAUCAAAACGUUGUCAUGCCGCAAUCAUCAAAUUUACCUGCCCCUCUGAGCUGCACUGCAUCAUUGUCAUCUUUAUCAUCAACUGUUGUAACUCAGACUGUCAUACAGUCACUUCCACUUCCUUUAAUCAAUAUUCCACCACCCAGCAAAGGGCCUCGUACAAUAAUUAUUCUCCCAAGACCUUCUCUUGCUUCUGAUAAUGCCAAAGCAGGGUCUCAAACCCUACAUAGUUCGGUUAACUCAGCAACAAUGAACAAAUGUAAUCUACCUCCUUCAUCUACAGCAGAAGCAUUACCUCACGAAAGACCUGCCCUUUCCUCAGUUCCCCAAAAAACUAUUAAAGUUGUCUACAGGAAACAGGAUCAUGUCAUUCCUUUACAGUCAAACACCAUCUUAAAAGAUCGCCAGGAUGUGGCACCUCAGACAAUAACUAUUGUUUCAAAACCGAUACCAUCUGUGGUCUCUAGAGAACAUGAGCCAAUUUCUCCUUCAGUAAAGGAGGACAAGAGCAAACUAAGAGAUUCUGUUCCUCCAGAAUCAUCAAAACAGUUGAUAUCUGAGUUACAAGAAUCAAGUUUAUCUUGUUCAAAUCAUGCAAUAUUAUCUGAAAAAAUAAAUGAUACAAAUGAUGACCUCAACUCUUCUGGCCAAAUUCCCUCUAUUGUUGAAUGUAUAUUAGCUCCCAGACAAGAACAUUCAGGUCCAGAACAACCAGCUGACCAAGUACAAUCAUCAGUGUCUUCAUCAUUACCCCAAGCUACUGAAUGCAAACUGAGUGCAGUGGUCAGAUUAACUCGUCUCCCGUUUUUCAUUUCAACCAAAGAACCAGUCUUAAUGUCAACGCUGAUAUCAAAAGGUAUCGUCCAAGGAAAGCCAUCAUCUUCUCAUGUCUCAGAAGAGGAACCUGUUGACAAUUACCUGCACUCACCAGGGCCCAGUACUCCAGAUCGACAAACUCCUGAUUUGGAGCAGGACAUUUUAUGCAGGGAUAUGGAGGAUGAACAAGAAGAUGCAAUCAUAACAGAGAAGGAUACAUCUCACCCUCACAUUCAGAUGAGUAAAACUCAGUUUCUGGCCAAACUCUCUGUAUCACCCUUGGAAAACAAGUCCAACGCUAAUGAAAGUUCAAAUGCCAAAGGAACCAAAUCCAUUGUCUCCCGUCUACGAUGUCAUCUACAGGCUCAUUUGGAAGCAAAAAGAAGUUCUACCAAAAAGGUUGCAGAAACAGAAAUGAAGACCGACAACAAAAACAAGAAACCACGGUUAAAUGUUGAAGACAUAAUUGAAGAACCAGAUCGAACUCUUAGUAUUGUUUCUCCGAAAAAGAUCUCUUGUACACAGAGAUCAGGACCGCACAAAGUUAGUGGUGAACCAGAUAACAUUUCUACAAUGUCUGGAUCUACAAAUGAAUCAUCUAAUGCAGGUUAUAAGAAGCCCAGUUCAGGCAGACAUUGUCUAGGUUCAAAAAACAUGAAGUCUUCCUCUGAGUGUUCAAGGCAGUCAAGCUCUCCAAAAGAAAAUACAACCAUGAAAAUAACUAAAUCAACAUCUGUGAGCCCGAGGACGUCCUCAUCAGAUGAAAAUAAUACAAUUUCAAGAGCCAUUUCUGUCAGUCACGAGAGACCCACCAGUAUAAGUUCUAAAAUAACAUCUGAUGUUUCUACCCCUAAAAGUACAAAAUCCAGUUCAUUGACUCCUAAGAGGUUACCAAAAGUAGCUUUUAGCCUUGAAAAGACUAAAUCUAGUGCAGUUGAAAACAGCUCAAGCCAUGGGAUGUCUGGCACCCCAAGCUGCUCUACUCCACAUAAAUUCAAGCCCAGGACAAAACCAAUGAAAAGAGAAUCCAGUUCUUUCAGUCCCAGGAGGUAUAUCGUGGAUGCAGAUGGGUCCAUUACUGAAACAACUAAGCGUGAACCCAAAUCCCCCAGUCUCAAGCAUCGUAAAAUGGCAAAACGAGUCGCCAAUCCCCAAAUGUCUGGAGAAUCCAAUCCUAAGAAACCCAGACCACUUCAAGGUCACCCUGGUCGGAAAAUAAACCAUAAAGUUGUAAAUGCCAGGAAAUUGACCAAUGAGGCUAAAGGCAAGAGGAGGGUUGGAAAAAAAAGAGGUAGCUAUAAAAAAAAGAAACUGGAGUUACCAGUGAUUCAGUCAGGGGUUUUAAAGAAGUGUCAAGCUAAAGUGUGGUACCCUCCUACGCUACCACCCAAUGAAAAACCUAUUACAGAUAUAAUAAGACCACCACCUCUAAAGGUAGAAUACAGAGUUCCUAAUAUACCCUUCAGUGCUCCACCUAUUGUAUCGCCUUUACAGCCAUUGGCUGUCAUCGGCAGGCAUCUCCUGAGGAACCAGUGUGGGGAAUGCGGCCGUGUUUUUAGCAACACCAAUGCACUUGAGAGCCAUGUUGGUCUCCAUAAAAUAUACCGUCCUUUCUCCUGCAAACUCUGCGGGAAGUACUUCCCAGACGCCAAGACAUUUAAACGCCACGAUCGGGUGCAUCGCAAUGGCAGGAUCCACGUCUGCCAGCAUUGCGGUAAGGGCUUUGUUUACCGUUUUGGUCUUAGCAAACACAUCCAGAUGGUCCAUGGCAGGAUAAGACCUUUUAUCUGCCAGGUAUGUGGCAAAGGUUUCUACACGAAACGUGAUGUAGAAAUCCACAUACGGAUCCACACCGGAGAGAAACCUUUUCAAUGUGACAUCUGUCAAAGAAGAUUUACGAGGAAAGUGGAGUUAAAUGUGCAUUUGAGAUGGCACAAUGGAGAAAAGAGACAUUGGUGUCAAUAUUGUGGAAAAGGAUUUUUGGAUUACAACAACCUGAAAAGACACAGAUAUACCCACACUGGGGAGAAACCAUAUUCCUGCCCGCACUGCCCCAAGAACUUCACUCAGACCGGUCACCUGAAAAAGCAUGUUAAAAGUGUGCAUCAAAAAUAAGAUUGGUAUAAAUUAAAAAACAGGGUACAACCCUAUUCCCCUCAGUACAGUAGUGAUUUGUAUAGUAGGAGAUAAGAAAUUGAGCAAAUCUUCCAUGUUGUGUUCAUCAGAUGGUAAUUCUUUUUCUCUUAUUUGAUUUUAGUUGAGACUUGAUGCAACAAAAAUAUCUACAAUGUUUACAGUUUUAGGGACGGGUCAAAUUUUCCUUUAAAAAAAGAAAUGAAGGUAAAAGUAAUUCUUGUUUAUGCAUGCAAGGGUUUAGCAAAAUAAAACAAAAAUGGGUGGUUGCAAACUGUUUAAAACUAAGAUCCAAGUUGCAAAGUGUAAAAUGUGAAUAUAGGUGCAUUGUCACACUAAAAUUCAAUAGAAUUUGCACAAAAUAGAUGUAAUUAUUAGAAGGUAGGUUGAUGUUUUAUUUGUUUUAAACUGUGAUUUUAAUGGCACAGUGUGCUUUUAAUAGUGUAGAUAAAACAUACAGAAUAUGUGAAUUUCCCAGAAUCUGCAUGUUGUACCUGAGUUUUUAUUUUUUUCAAUUAUAUGAUACCUAAAUAUUUGACUCGCUUUUCCUUACACAAACACAAUAAAGGAAAAUAUUUUACAGGAAUUAAUAACGUGACAUUGGAAUUUAAACCAGCAAUAAACGUAUCAUUUUUAAAAAUGUAAUUUUUCUUCAUAUUUGAGAGGAUUUUAAUAUUGCAAUUGUUUUUUGUUUUUUUUAUUACAUAGCUUUGUUAGCCAUAGUGUUGUUUAGCAGUUGAAUUACGCUGGUUGUGCAGUAAUUCAACAAGUAUUUAAGCAUUUCGUGUCGACAUCAGAAGAGCUGCGAACCUUCUCCUUUGUGGUUAACACCUGUUAACCCUACUUAUGGCCAGAAUCAAAAACAUUGGCUUGUAAUUCACGUAGGUGUCAGGAUAGGAACUGUUUGAGCAGAAAAAAAGUCUGCUUAUGUUUGAUAUCUAAGUGUGUGAUUUAUGUUUAUUUUGAGCACUUCGGCACUGCUUCAGUGUCUGCUAUUUCGAUUAAAGACCUAGGAAAAGUGUUAAGUUAAUCUAAUACUUUAAUUAUUGUUGGAUUGCAGAGUCAUACUUUAAAUUACCUGAGAUUUUUCUUUCAGCACACAAGAUAUUAUGUUUAAUAAAACAGACUUAAUAUGUAAGUGUGGAAGGUAUUUGUAUAUAAUGUAAGUUUACUGAUUUUUUUUGUCCAUUUCAGAUGGAUAUUUUGUUUGAAGAAACAAUAAAUGAAACGUACAAAGA